CUGUCACAGAUUAAAAUUCGCUAAAAGAGAAGAAAAAAUAGAAAGUGAUAGUUUUCAUGUUUUUCGAAUGUGAUUAGAAUUUUAAAAAUUGCUGGCUAAUUUUCACCAUCACUUGACCUUAGAUAGUGUAGUUUUAGUUUGUAGAAUCUUUCCCACCCGCAUUUUGGUUGAUGCCCCAGCAGACAUGGAUUGCAACAGGAACAAUGCAUUUUCAGAGAAGCUAAAGGAACAAGUGCACGGAUCGUUCGACCGUAUCCGGAAGGCACUGGACCUGCGGGAGAAGCUGCUGCUGAGACAGCUGUCGGUCGUGGUCCAGCAGUCGCACCAUGUCACAUUCCAGUUUGAUAACAUAAAGUUUGUGGACAACGGCGAGGAGGAGCUGAUUGGCCGGAUCCGGACGUACGGGAAAUACAAUAUAGAUAAUUUUAACAUCAUACUUAAAGAUCCGUACGAGAACGAGGAGUACAUCCAGGAUGAUCACGAUUUGAUGCAUAAAAGCUGUCGACGGGGAGUUGGGGAUGACGAACGGGAAAAUCCGGAGAGUGAGGAAAUUGUGGUGGAAUUCUUCAACAACAAGAGCCUUAUCAAGGAGGGUGCGGAAAUGGUGCGGGAGUCCAUUAUCAAUCUGGCCCUGAACGAAAGCAAAGAGCUGAUCGAUAAGAGUUUCAAUGAAAGUGCAGAGCUGCAGCUGGAGGAGGAUCUGGAACGCAUCAAAAUCGAUCUAACAAACUUUCGAAAUCGCGAGCGCAUUGUAACAGAUUCACUUUCAACGCAAGGUGAAGGUAGAAAGGCAUCUGUUGAUAUUAGCAACAACAACGGAAUCAGUCAGUGUGGGGCGUUUGGAAUUGACCCAACAAAAGUUGCCAGGCAGCAACAGCAACAGAUGAUAACGAAAGCGUCCCAAACUGAGUUGGACAAGGCAGGUAGACACGGCAGUGGCGGUAACGUUUCGUCCAGCACCGACACUGAGCGCAGUCUCGUGGCCAAAAGUAGCAAACAGCACGUAGAAAAGAGCAUGAAACACAUUUCUAAUCUGACGAUGAACAAUUGCGGCGGCACAAUCAACCUUAAAAACGUUACAAAUCUAACGAUAAACACCUGCCCGGAAGAGUCGCCGGUCAAAUCGGCCGAGCCAAAGUCUCCCCCGGCGGUCGCGCGUUGUCCCUCCGAGGAAGGCAGCCCAGAGUGUGGCUUCUACAAGCGUCUCAUCACGGAGAAUAAAAUACUUCGCCAGCACAUCCUAAAGACUAGCCUGGCAUCGGCGCACGUGCCAAAUCCGCAGUCUUCCGAAUCGACCAACGUUACCAGUUCGGAAUCCCCGCGGCCACCGUCCGAAUCUUCGUCCUCCGACGGCUCUUCCGACACCAAACCACAACGGCUGCCCCUGACGGUGGCGGAACUGCGCGCCGUACUGAACCUGCCCCAGCAGGACGAUACCCUGACGCAGGUGCUUGGCGAUUUGUUUGCGCUGGCCUCGCCGACGACGGCCGCAGCCGUAGUAGCUGAUGUUGCGGCGAAAGAACCAAUCGCAGCCCGCCCCGGUGCAACGCAAGAGCACACGAUGCAAAUUCAGCAGUGGCUCAAGCAAAUCAUCUCCGAAACCGAAACCGAACCACUGCAGAACGCCGAACUGAUGGAGUUUAGCCACAUCAACAAUUAGAAUAAUGUUUAAAGAAGUUAUAACUCUCUGGCGCGAAAAAAAAAUAAAACAAAAUUGACUGGACCUAGCAAACCAAAGGGAAGUCAUCGUUCAAAAAAUGAUGACAAACUCAUUCCACCAAUCGCAUCGUUUGCAUCGCAAAUCAUUAAAUUCUAAAAUAUUUUUUUCUACAUUCUGCAUGUUUUACGCCGCGAAUCUAAGUGUAAGAAUCAAAGUUCCGUGAAGAUUACAUAGGUUUAAGUUAAACUCAAAAACUAAAAUAUAAUCAAAUCUGUGAAAUUCCCUCCUGCGCGAAUCCUUCCACGAUUAAUGGAGUCUAAACGAACGUUCCGAAUGCAUAACAUGAUAUCAUCACUUUUAAAGUCAACAAAUUUGUGAUUGUAUUAGUUUAGCUAGAUUAUUUUCUUUUGAUUUUCACAAUAAUUGUGGUACUUUUCUUACACCAAUUCCGUUCAAUCAUUCAUGAAUGUGACCAUUUUAAAGUGUAGCCGUUUUUUAAAAUGACAAAUCCGUGUUGUAUAUAUUUAAUCAAUCAGUUACAAUAUUAUAAACCGUGUUAGUUAAAACAAAUAACAAUACUACACCAACGGAAAUCUAACGAUUACUUAUUCACACUUCCAAUAAAUGAGGGGCUUAGAACUGCUCGAACACGACAAAUUAAAAAAAAAAAAAAACAAAA